GUCAAAACGGUCAUCGCGUCCGACCUGGUCGCCUGCCACCUCCACCUCCACCUGCGCUGGCGGCUGGCCCGCCCUUGUCUUGUUGUUCACCGCACCAACCUUUCCCCAACCGCCGCCUCGCCGGACCCUUCCGACUCGCCGCCGUCGUCCGCCCAUCUGCUUUCUUCCGAAUAAGAAAAAGGAAAACAAAAGGAAGAGAGUAAAAGGGUCCUGCGCUGCCCUGCGCCCCAGGAACUAAACAAGGCCCAAUUCUUUUCUUCAGUUGCCAGUUGCCAUAGUAUGCACUUCUAGCAUUUCCAUAUUUGGAUGGAUGAUGUACAUGGACGGAUAGAGGUCUUCCCCCAAUACUUUGUGCCAUCAAAAGAAGCUAUGGAGACUCCUGAUGGUCUAUCAACAAGUAAGAAUAACCUGGAUAGUCCACCAAGUUCACGUCGGCGUUCCUGGACUCCAAGACGAGUUAAGGGAGCUGCAUCCAUUUUGAAUUUAUUGUCCAUUCCCCGCAUAAGAUGGUCUAUGAGCAAUGAGGAUGAUGACAAGAUUGAAUUAUCUAGAGCUGAAGUAGAGACUUUACGAACCGAAAUUGCAGAGGCUGAGGAAAGGGAAUCUCACUUAAAAGCUCGGUUGGAAAAUAUCGAUGAAGUUCUGAGAUUUGCACGUCUUUCUGGCUAUCUCUACAUUCGAAGUCGAUGGUCCCAACUCCCUGGAGAACCACCUAUAUUAGACGAUGCUGAUGUGGAUGACUGGCUACCUCGCUUUGUUGUUCUACAAGGGCAGUGUUUGUACUAUUAUCUGAAAUCUACAGAUCUGAGCCCACAAGAAUCUACACUGUUAUGUGAUGUUGUUGAAGUAGGGCAGCUUCCAAACUUUGUGCCAGAGGACGAAAAGACAAGAUAUGCGUUUUAUCUGUUGACCCGUCAAGGAUUGAAGUUUGAAUGCUCCAGUACCUCCGAAAUACAGGUUGAUUCAUGGGUAAGAGCACUGUCAAGUGACUGCAAAUUGCGAGAUGGUGCUGGUGAUGAUGAUAAGAUGAAGACGCCGAGUAGCCAAGUAGAAGCUGGGUCAUGGUAGGGGAUCCAACAUGUGUUCCGAUUGCCAGGCAAGACGAAUGCCCUGCGUCUUUGCAUUGACCCCAGCCAGAUGUAUGUGCAGAGUACAGUAAUCAGCUCCAGUUGGUUCUUUUUUCUUUUAAUUUGUUAGACCAGUCGAUAAUGUGGCAUUUGUAUACAAUAGCCAAUGUACAUACAUGCAUACUUUAGGGUGCAAAUGAAGCAGCAUGUGUAGAUGCAACACGAGAGAGCACGCCUUACUGAUUUCCUUGCUCGUGAUAUUUUUCAACGUUUUAGCUAGCUAGGGUGCAAAUGAUAUUUUCUGUAUCAAAAUUAAAAUUUCGUUUGAUGGACCGUCAAGAUUUGCAUAUUGUUGCUCGA